AUGACUGAUUUACUGGCCCGCUUGGUUGACCAGCUGGGUCAAGUACCUGGUAACCAACAAAGAGACCCUGAAGUAGGCGAGGAUAGGGCCCUGGAGCGGUUUCAAAAGUUUGCUCCUCCAAAAUUUCUUGGAGGACUUGAACCUGAAGUUGUCGAGAAUUGGUUCGAGCGAAUGGAGGAUAUAUUCGCCGCUCUACAUUACACUGAAGAGAGGCAAGUUACCUUCGCCGUUUUCCAACUAGAAGGUGCGGCACGUUCCUGGUGGAACGUAGUAAGGGUCAAGUGGGAAAGGGAGCAAACCCUACGUACUUGGUUAAACUUCACUAGAGAAUUCAAUGAGAAAUUCCUCCCGCCCUUAAUCCAGGAGAAAAGAGAGGACGAGUUUAUCAAAUUGGGCCAAGGCACUUCAAGUGUAGCAGAAUAUGAGACCCAGUUCACUCGACUCUCCAAGUUUGCUCCAGAAUUGGUGGUUAGUGAACAAAAGCGCAUAAGACGAUUUAUACAAGGCUUGAAUGUGGAAAUUCAAAAGGAUUUAGCUGCUGCUCAAAUCGACACUUUUAAAGAUGUGCUUGACAAAGCUCAACGAGUGGAGCAGGCUCGACUUCAAGUUCGAACCUUUCAAGCCAAGAAACGAGGUGUAUCUAGUAGUGCUUCUGGACGAGGUGAUCAGAAUGUACCACCUCCUAAGUUUGGAAGAGGUGCAGGUGGAGUCCGAAUUGGUGAGGGACAAAAGGGAGGAGCUCCAUCUAGAGGGACUCCAAGCGGAAAGGGACAAGGGCAACAUAGGACCGUCUCCCAGGGAGUUCCUACACCCAUUUCUCGUGCAAGCUGUGGAUAUUGUGGUAGGACAAACCACACCGAGGACGCUUGUUGGCGAAAGUUGAAGAAGUGUCUCCGUUGUGGGAGUUUUGAGCAUCAGAUCGCCACUUGCCCUGUUAAGAAUCGUGAAGGAAAUGAGGGUGCUCAGCCGGAGAAGUCAAAUCCUAAGCAACCAACUGCUAGUAGGGGUAGACCUAAAUCCUCUGCUAGGGUUUUUGCCUUGGAUUAUCAGCGAGCCCCUGAGUCCUCUGAAGUGGUAGAAGGUACGAUCCCUAUAUUCCACCGCUUAGCUAAGCUUUUAAUUGACCCUGGGGCAACCCAUUCUUUUGUGAAUCCUGCCUUUAUGUGUGGUAUUGAUGUGAAUCCUGUUAAAUUGCCCUAUGACUUAGAAGUUAAAACACUUACUGGGGAGCAAAACCUAAUUACCAAUAUGGUUUAUAAAAAUUGCGAGAUUUGGGGUGGUGGAAUUCUCGAUACCCGGAGGGCAACUUUAAGGUUGGAUGUGAGAGGUAGGUUAGCCUCGUCUGCGCUUGCUUCGGGAAUUCGAGCUAGAAAGUUAUUGAGUAAAAGGGCGCAGGGCUACUUAGCCUUCUUAAUUAAUACUCCUGGAGAUAAGGUGAAACUGGAGGACGUUUUAAUAGUAAAUGAAUUUCCUGAUGUCUUUCCCGAUGAGUUGAAAUCGAUGCCACCAGAAAGGGAAAUAGAAUUUAAGAUUGAUUUGGUGCCUGGAACUGCUCCCAUUGCAAAAACACCCUACCGAAUAGCUCCCGCCGAACUUAAGGAAUUGAAACUACAGUUACAAGAUCUGUUAGAGUGA